AUGACAGCUGACACUGCUAAGAAGGUUAUCACAGUUGUUGGUGCAACAGGCACCCAAGGAAGCUCAGUCGCACGAUCCUUGCUCGAGAAUCCCAGCUUCGAAGUCCGCUGUGUCACACGGGACAUCUUUUCUGCCAAAGCGCAGGCACUGAAGCAAUUGGGUGCGGUGCUCGUCAAGGCGGACGGGUUCGAUGUGACGCAAAUGACCCAAGCCUUCAACGGUAGCUGGGGAGCCUUCAUUAACACGAAUUCUGAAGAUCCACUGCUGGCCGAGCUCGGCAAGACGGACGUUGACCUUGGCGGCAAUAUAUUGCGAAGUGCCGCCGCCGCCGGAGUGCGACAUGUAGUCUACAGCUCUGCGCCCAAACCUGCUAAGCUCACUAAUGGUGAUAUACGUAUUCCAGGCCUUGACUGGAAAGCAGAAGUUGAGGCCAUCGGUCAUGAGCUACCGUUCCAGACUUUCACUCCAAUAAUUUUAGCCUGGUUUCUAGAGAACUUUUUGAGUGGACCAUAUAGCGAAAUCUUCGGCGGCUUUCCAAUCAUGGAGGAUGAGGAGGGCUACCUGACCUACCGAAUCCCUCUCUGGGGCGGACGUGAAGAUGCCCCGUGGAUCAGCGUCACCGACGAUCUCGGGGACAUUGUGCAUGGAAUCUUCCUCGACCCGCUUCGCUGGAAUGGUCGACUGGUCCAGGCCAAUGGAGAUAUCAGCUCGUUUAGCGAGAUCGUGAGCAAAUUCGUCAAAGUUACCGGUCGGAAGGCGCGGUUCAUUCCCUACGCAACUCCGGAUGACUUCCCUACACAUGGUCUGCAAUUCUUAGAGAUGGUCCGAGACACGUUUAAGUGGACUCAGCUACGUGGAGGUGAAUACUACGGCACUCAAAUCACCGAGCUACGGUCCGCUGCUGAGCUGAAACAGGCUUCCUUUCAUGCCAAAGGUGGCAAGGGUCGUGAGACAUUGCUGUCAGUCGAGGAAUGGUUCAAGGCGCACUUUGCCAACCAUUAG